AUGAUGGACAGCCGCAUCCUGGAGCACCCCCAUGCCCAGUUCGGAGGCUUGGUGGGCUUCCCUUACCCCCUCGGCCAUCACCAUGUCUACGAGCUGGCCGGACACCAGCUGCAGUCGGCCGCCGCCGCUGCCGCCGCCGCUUCGGUACCAUUCUCCAUCGACGGAUUACUCAACGGCUCCUGCGCCGCCUCCGUGGUCAACCCCACCCCGCUCAUCCCCUCCGGCUGCGGAGACGGGCAGCCCUUCAAGCUCUCCGACUCUGUGGAUCCUGACAAGGAGAGCCCAGGCUGCAAAAGGCGACGGACCCGCACGAAUUUCACCGGUUGGCAGCUGGAAGAGUUAGAGAAGGCAUUUAACGAAAGUCACUAUCCCGACGUAUUUAUGAGAGAGGCGCUGGCGUUGAGGCUGGAUCUGGUGGAAUCCAGAGUGCAGGUUUGGUUCCAAAACCGCCGGGCCAAAUGGCGAAAGAAAGAGAACACGAAGAAGGGGCCCGGCCGGCCGGCGCACAACUCCCAUCCGACGACGUGCAGCGGGGAGCCGAUGGACCCGGAGGAGAUCGCCCGCAAGGAGCUGGAGAAGAUGGAGAAGAAAAAGCGCAAGCACGAGAAGAAGCUGCUCAAGAGCCAGAGCCGGAACCUGCACUCGCCCAGCGGCCUCUCUGUCAACAGCAGCACGCAGAGCUCCGACAGCGACGGCGGCGGCGGAGGCCUCUCUCCGGACCCUCCGGACAGCUGCAAGAUCGGCCCUCACAACCCGUCCCGGCCGGGCAGCUGCGACCCUGCGGCCUCGGCUUUCUACCCGAGCAGAGGCGGCCACGGGGUCUGUGGUGGCGGUGGUGGUGGCGGCGGCAGCAACCGGUGUGCCGACAAGGACGGGUCCGCGCCGUCGGGCUCCGAGUGCGGGCCGCCUCCCUCGACGGCGCGAGGCGGGGUGGGCGGCUCGGGCUGCGCCUUGCCCAAGCUCAACCCUUUCAGCGUGGAGAGCCUCCUGUCGGACUCGCCGCCGCGGCGGAAAGCGGCGCUGGAUUUCCCACAGGCCUUGGCGCCGUGCGCCCCGACGGCGCGCACGCUCAUCGGCAAGGGGCACUUUUUGCUCUACCCCAUCACGCAGCCGCUGGGCUUCAUCGUGCCCCAAGCCGCCCUCAAGAGCAACCCGGGCCAAGAGCCGCCGCAGGGGGGCUCCCCUCUGCCCGCCGCCAACCCCAGCCCGGACCCCGCGCCCCCCAAGAGCAGCAGCACCGCCGCCGCCAUCUCCACGUCCGGAGGCCGCUUGGCGCCCGAGAAUAGCUCCUCCGUCGCGCCCGGGGCCCUCUGCGGACUGAGGAAGGCCAUGGACAGUAACUGCGCCGUCGUGCAACCAAAGUCCCCCGCGAAAGACGCUUGUCAAUCCAGAGACAAUCCGGAUUGUCGCACAGAGCCAAACUGUCCAGCAGAGACCAGCAAUUUAGACUGUGAGGAAGUGGAUAUGGACUAA